CAACAACAACAACAACAACAACAGACGGCUCCUGAGCAGAAAAUGCUCUUGGGUAGGCCUUCCAAUAACCUUCGUAUGGGUAUUGUAGGUUUACCAAACAUAGGUAAAUCAUCUCUCUUUAAUGUAUUGACACAUAGCAGUGUCCCCGCCGAAAACUAUCCCUUUUGCACGAUCGACCCAUCCGAAGCUCGUGUCGAAGUGCCUGAUGCUCGCUUCGACUAUCUCGUGCAAACAUACCAGCCUAAAAAACGCACACCGGCCCACCUGACCGUGGUAGACAUUGCCGGUCUCGUACGGGGAGCGGCUCAAGGCGAAGGGUUGGGCAACGCUUUCCUGAACAACGUCUCUUCUGUCGACGCCAUCUACCACCUUGUCCGUGUGUUUGACGAUCAAGACAUUACACACGUCGAAAACAACACGAUCGAUCCGAUCCGUGACCUCGAUAUCAUCCAAGCCGAACUGCGGCUCAAGGAUGAAGAGACGAUUGAACGUCAUCUGUUGGACUUGACCAAGGCGGUGAGGGCCCAACCCGCCAAAAAAAAGGACCUCGAGCGGGUCGAAAAGAUGGCUGCUUUCAUGUCGACAGGAAACCGUGAUAUCCGCAAAGGCGAUUGGACCAACGAAGAGAUUGAACUGUUGAAUUCGAUGCACUUGUUGACCGCCAAGCCGAUGAUUUAUCUGUGCAAUAUGUCAGAGGAAGACUACCUGAACGGCGCCAGCCAUCAUCGAUGGAUGCCAGCCAUCCAAGAGUGGGUGGAAGAGAAUAAUAAAGGCGACAUCGUGUUGCCUCUCUCGGUGGCUCUAGAGACCAAAUGGGCCAAUGCAAACGAUCCAUCGUUGGAGAGUGCUGCGUCACAGCUCUCCAAUAUCAUUUUGGCAGGUUACAAGGCAUUGCAUUUGAUUCACUAUUUUACGUGUGGACCGGAUGAAGUGAGAGCAUGGACGAUAAGGAAUAAUUCCAAAGCACCUCAAGCAGCAGGUGUCAUUCACUCUGAUUUUGAAAAAGGGUUUAUUUCAGCUGAGAUCAUAAAAUAUGCUGAUUUAAAGCAGCUGGGGUCAGAAAAUGCAGUAAAAUCUGUGGGGAAAUGCCUACAAAAAGGCAAAGACUAUCUGAUGGAGGAUGGAGAUAUAGCCCACUUUAAGUUUAAUCUGACCAGCAAAAAAAAGAAAUAGUGGCUACAGAAAAGAGGUGUAGAAAAAGAAAAAAGAUGACGUUUCUAAAAACCCUUUUCAGAUGUGCAUCUUUUACGAAAAAAAAAAAAAAAGAAAA